AUGGUUCAAACUAGAUCUCAACUGAAACGCCAGUUACAGUGUGGAACUGCUAAUUAUGCUGAUGACUCGAAAAACACUACAGAUUUAAUCGAUAAGAAGCUAAAUGAAACUAAAAAUAACACAAACUUUGAAAAAAAACAUUUGGAACAUUCGUCUGAAUCUGGUGAAUCUUUUGUUUCAGAAUCUCGAAAUUCUGAAAGUGCAUUAGAUUAUUCGCCGGAAAGUGAAUCAUCAUCAGAAACCGAAUUAUUACCAGAAACUGAAUCAAAAUUUACUGAGCAUUUGUUUAAGAAACCUGAGUCCCCCAGUUCACUAGAAGCUAGCUCACCUGACACACCAUUUGGCCCAUACCCACUUGACCUAGAACCUUUAGAAUCAGUAUUUAAGAAAUCAGCAAGACAACCCACAUACCCAUCAGAAUCGGGCUUAAAUAACUUCAAUAAAAAAUUCAAUGGGAAUAUAUUUCACCGUGACUACGAAUCUUCUGAAUCUAACAAUCAAACAGAAUCGAGUCUCUUGCUCAGUGAUUCCUCUGACUAUAGGAGGCAAAGGGCCAGAAGAUUUUAUAGGGAAUAUUAA